AUGAGUUGGGCCUACUUCACCAAGAAAACCUCCAAGUAGCUCACAUAAGUAUACUUCCAAAGGGAAAAAAGAAUUACCAGAGCACAUAAAAGAGAAUGUUUUCUUUUCCUCCUGAUUCCAAAUCCCACCUCCAAUUCCUUGUGGCUGCAUAAAAGAAUCUUGUUUUCCCCCUCUACCUGGAAUUCAAAGGCUUCAUCUUUUUUUUUUCUAAUACAGUUACAGCAAAGGGAGUUUAAAGAGUCUCUACCUCAGUAACUGCAGUAAAGCAUCAUCCUGGCUUGCUUUGAUCGGCCCUCACAGGUGUAAAGUAACACUUUGUUUCUUCGACAACUUGAACAAUGGAGCAUGACAGGUUAAAUUCUCCAAGCAGCUGUGCAAUCACUCUUGAAGUUAUGAGCCAUCAACUGCAAUUCUGUCAGGAUCCAAAUUCAAAGCAUUUAGGAACUACAGUUUGGGAUGCAUCGAUGGUGUUUGCCAAAUUUCUGGAAAAGAAUUGCAGAAAGGGAAGGUUUUCCCCUUCCAAACUCAAAGGAAAACGUGUUAUUGAACUUGGAGCAGGUUGUGGAGUAGCUGGAUUUGGGAUGGCUCUGUUGGGAUGUGAUGUUGUUGCAACGGACCAAAAGGAGGUUUUGCCAUUGCUAAUGAGAAAUGUAGAGCGUAAUACUUCAAGAAUCAUGCAGAUGGAUACUAAUUCAGUUUCAUUUCGUUCAAUCAAGGUUGAAGAAUUAGACUGGGGAAAUGAGGAUCAUAUAAGGGCUGUUGAUCCACCAUUUGACUACAUUAUUGGCACUGACGUUGUUUAUACAGAACAUCUCUUGGAACCUCUGUUGCAGACAAUUUUUGCAUUGUCAGGACCCAAAACCACGAUUAUGAUGGGGUAUGAGAUCCGUUCCACCAGUGUCCAUGAGCAGAUGCUUGAUAUGUGGAAAAAGAACUUCGAAGUGAAAGUCAUUCCAAAAGCUAAGAUGGACAGUAAGUACCAGCAUCCCAGCAUUCAGCUUUAUAUCAUGAGCUUGAAGCCUCUAGCUGGGAGCAUAGAAAACAUGACUCAGAGGAUUGAUCUACAAAUUGAUGAAGUUGAAACAGGAGUUGGUUUAUCAAAAGAGGAUGACAGUGGUGGGAGUAGUGCUGCUGUGAAUAAGACGAACGAUUGUGAAUGUGAAAGAGCACAAGCUGAUGGUAAACCGGAGAUAAAGUUCCCAAGAGGGAAGCUUACUGACUGGGAAGCAAGAAGGCUUGGCUCAAUGGCCGCGCGGCUUCUUCAAGAUGUAAAGAUAACAUAAGUUUUCAGCCCCAGUCUGUGUUCUUUUAAAAAAAAAAUUCAAAGCAAGCUGCAUAUAGGAUAUAUCUGGUUUGAAGUAGUUCCUGGAAAUGAAUCCCUUGGAAACAAGGUCUGAUUAAUGGACCUCCAAGUGGAUGGUGUCAGCCUGCUGAAAGUUUGCAGUCACACGAUGCAGCUUGACCAAGAUGUGAUGGUACUCUGGCAGGAGUUCAUCUAGAGAACUUGGUUUUCAAUUUCUGCAGCAGAUUUGAAGAACUUGAGGAAGUCCGAGUAGUAAACAUAUAAUAAUGCCAAAGACAUCUAAUUCUUGUAGGUCAUCAUUGUUAUUAAAUGAGAAACCUGUCAUCCAAACCUCGAAAACGAAGGAGGUUAAAGACCUCUUAGAAUGAUGUGUUUCUCUGAGUUGCUUUGUACUUUGUUGUAGGGCAGAUGAAGGAUGCUAUAGUCAUUGUAACGAGCAUGUUUUGUGUCUGUCCUUCCUCUGUAGCUAUUAUAUGUUCCCAGUUCUAUUAAUUAACGAGCAAGUUACUUAUUCCGA